AUGUUUAGCAUCUUUCGUCAUCAAGCUCUAGGCGUAGAAAGAAGGAAGGAUGCUGUUGCUGAGAAGGUACAAGAAGCUCGAGACAAGAAAGUAGUCUACAAGAAGAAGAAAAUGCAAAUCGAAGAGCUUUUGACAGAACGAGAAGUAUUGCUAAGGACAAUGAAUCUCUUGCCGAAGAAUGUCGAGCAGCUGGAGCAGAAAAUCGAAAGUUUUGGAGUCGAGCCCAUAACCGUACCAUCAGCCCUACCAUCAUCUCACGCAAAAAUAGCAUUACCGGAGACAACCGAUGUCGAAGAGUUGAGAAGUAUUGUGACAGAUCUGGUGCAAGACCUAGAUCAACGUAGAGAUACUGUCACAGAACUGAAGAAGAGGAGAAGUGACUUGCAGGAAGUUUUCAAUGGUGAAGAAGAGACGUUCGACAGCAAAAAAGCUGAGUAUGAAAGUCGUCGUGCACACCUGAACGAAGAAUUUGAAGAACUGAAACCCCUUAUUCAAAGCCUCGAAGAAAGACAGGAAGAAGCCGAGAAGACUAUACCACAAGUUGAGGAACAAAUAAAUGAAGCUGAGAAACAAUUGUCUGCAUUCAAUUCAGCUGCUUCGAAUCCUGAUGAAGAUCUGAAGGUUCAACUUGAAGAAGAGCAAGCAAUAGCUGAAUCGCUUCUUCAAAACAAUGGAAGCCAAAUUACUGAUUACGAA